GAAAAAGAGGGAAAUUAAUCCAUAAAUUUUUUGAGGAGAUAAUUUUUCAUAAGAAAGUUAUAGCAGACCACCACAAAUUAAACAAGGAUUUGAAUACUUUAUUUUAGUGAAUUGUGCGGUUUAUUUAUACUGGGUAUAUUUAAUUGCAGAGUUAGAAUUGGUAACAAUGCGAGAUCAGAUAUCUCGAAAUUAUUUAAAGGAUAUAACAACAAUUCUUUUCUAGAAUCGACAAAACAAUACAAGGUCAACCCUUUUGAGAUAUAGCGGUAGAAAUGUGUGGAAUUCUCCCCCCAUCUUAUGACUUGGCGAGUAAGGCUUCCGCGGAGUUCUGAAUCAACUUCCACGCAGCAACCACGUGGCGGUCUUGUGUUAGCGUGGCCCCCACCGCAAACCUCACCGUAUAAACCCCUCCGACUAUCGUAUGAGUGACGUACGCCCGCCCGCUUGAGUUGAUGGACUCCAGUAGCUUCAUGUUCAACAUAUUCGUAUAUCGCGGGUCGGACUCCUCAUACGGGUUGAACCGGAAACACACCAAAGAAAAGGUCCGCGGUACAACCAUCUCGAACCUCGGGUCGGAUCUUACAAAACCCUCGAACAUCUUAGCCAUCCGGACGUCCGAGCGGAUGUGGCUCUGGAGGUUGGCUACGCCGUAGCUGCGCAAAACGAGCCAUAACCGGAGCGACUUGAACCGCCGACCCGUACCCAGCUGCCAGUCCUUGUAGUCCACGACGGAGCCCAGCUCGCUCUGUUUGUUUCUCAAGUACUCCGGGUUGGUACUCAAAGCCUUGACUAGCAAACCCGGGUCUUUGACCCACAUGCAGCAGCAGUCCAAGUAAGUGAGCAGCCACUUGUGCGGGCUCAGACUCAGUGAGUCCGCCCGCUCGACGCCGUCCAGGUGGUGGCGGAACUCGGGACAUAUGCAUGCGCUCCCGCCGUACGCGGCGUCCACGUGCACCCAAAUGUUAUAAUCACGUGCCACAUCGGCAAGCUCGCUGACCGGGUCGACCGCCGUCGUCGAAGUGGUCCCCACAGUUGCACACAGAUAAAGCGGGACCAAGCCGGCUGCCACGUCGGACUCGAUCGCCUUACGUAGAGCCGCCGGAGAUAAGGCGAAGUUGUCGGCGCGUGAAGUCGGUAUGAUCCGAAUGUUGUAUGGGAAAAUGCCGGCAAGCUUGCAUGCCUUCGUAUACGCAGUGUGAGUUUGAUCGGAGCCGUACACGACGAGCUUUCCGACGAUAUGAACGCCGUCUUUCCGCAGCGCCCGAUCUCGGGCGGCGAUGAGCGUGCAGAGGAUCGCCUCGCUGGUGGUCCCCUGAAUGACGCCGCCGCCGGUGCCACAGAACAUGAAGGCGCUCGGGAGCUUGAGCAUCUUCGCCAUCCAGUCCAUGACCACCAUCUCCAACUCGGUCGCCGCCGGCGACGCGAGCCAGUUGAAGCCGACGGAGUUGAAGCAGGUGGCGAGCAUUUCCCCGACGAAAGCCGCGGAGCUGACGGUCGCCGGGAAGAACGCAAAGAAGUUCGGACUCAACCAGUGGGUCAUCCCGGGAACUAUGUCUUCUUGAAUGUCCCUCAAAAUGGUUUCGAACUGCUCCGGCAGAUAGGGAGCCGCCGCCGGCUGACGGUUUCGGAGGUAGCCGGGCUCAACCUGGCUGAGAACAGGGUAGGUCUCGACAUUUUUGUAAUAGUCAGCGAUAAAGUCAACCAUGCGAUGAGCUUGGUUUCGGAACUCUUCCACAUUCAAGGGAUCGAAUUCAGGGACGUUGUUUGUAGUGCAUGGAAUCAUGACAUCGCUCUCAUCAAGACUGCCCAUUUUUUGUGCCCCAAUUUAAUUUAGUAUGUAGCUCGUUUGAUGAGAUAUGAUACUAAUAUGAAGACUAUGCG